CCAACCCAGGCUGCCUCAGAGUUUCCAUUUUCUUGUGCUGCUCAUCCGGUCCGAGACCUACAAAGGUCUCCACACUCCCGAGAUUCCCUCAUAGGCGGACACCGAGCGCAGACACAAGAAGGCUCUGACUACGGCCCUCCACUGCCGCGGGCGGCCCGCGACGCGACGCUUCCUCGCACUUCUCCCCCACCCUGGAACGUUGGUAGGGCCCAGCGGCUACGUCACUCAUUGUUUACAAAUCAACCAGAGCCGGUAGGAUUCCGGCUCCCGCGGCUGCGGCGCGCGGCGCAAGUGUCUACCGGUCUUUGGCUUUCGUGUCUGCCCGGGCCCCGGCCCUUGCCCCGGCCUUGGCCUCGGCCUCGGCCUCAGCGCCGCGCCCCGCUCCGCCGCGACCCACAGAGCCGCCAGCGACGCCAGGAGAGCUUCAGGUGCCCGGGUGGGGUGCCAUGCCUUGCCGGAGGGAAGAGGAAGAGGAAGCCGGCGAGGAAGCGGAGGGGGAGGAAGAGGGCAGCUUUCUCCUACUGGAGCAGUCGGUGACGCUGGGCGGCUCGGGCGAGGUGGACCGGCUGGUGGCCCAGAUCGGCGAGACGCUGCAGCUGGACGCGACGCAGGACAGUCCGGCCUCCCCGUGCGCGCCCCCCGGGCCGCCGGUGCAGCCCCCGCAGCCGCCGGCGGCGGUGCGGGCUGAUAAGGUGGGGCCUCCCGGGCUGCCGCUGCUUCUGCCGACCGCGCCGGCUGAGACCGUGGGCCCGGCGCCCCCGCGGGCCCUGCGCUGCGUCCUCGGGGACCGCGGCCGCGUGCGGGGCCGGUCUGCGCCCUACUUUGUGGCGGAGCUCGCCGCAGGCCCCAGUGCGCUCCCGGGGCCGUGCCGGCGAGGAUGGCUGCGGGGCGCUGUCGCCUCCCGCCGCCUGCAGCAGCGACGAUGGCCACCAGCCGGGGCGCGCGCCCACGAGGACGACCCGCACCGGCUCCUGCAGCAGCUCGUGCUCUCGGGAAACCUCAUCAAGGAGGCUGUGCGGAGGCUCCAGCGAGCUGUCGCCGCAGUUGCAGCCACAGGCCCUGCGGGCGCCCCCGGGACUGGGGUCGGCCGCAGGGGACCGGACCCCGUUGCUCUGCAGCCCUCUGACGCCUUGCACUGACCCGGGCCCCCUGGAGGAGGAAGAGGAGACCGCUUCGCAAACUCGUCAGCGUCCUGCUCUCACUAACCCUGAGCUGAAGCCGCCGUUCUGGGAGCAACCGACUGGGCGGCGGGAAGGUGUGUGGGGAGACCUCAAGCCGAGAAGUUACCGGCUCGGGCGAGGCUAUAGGAGAAAACUUGAACGUGGAGAGAUGCAUGGGUCAGGACGCGUCCGUGCCGCGUGAGAAUUUCCCUGGCCACCUGGAGGCCAAGGACCUGGGAUAAACUGGGAGAACUAUGGCAGCUACUUGUAUCGACUUGUACCUGACUUAACCCUUGGGGACGUCGUGUACUUGGGUUGUUUAAAGAUAGGGCUCCGAGGGGCAGGAAUCGCGAGGGCUUUAUAACAACACUUGAAAACUUAAUGACACGAAUACAUUUUAUUUUCCGGUGGAAGAGCUUAGUGAAAAUGGUGCUACAGUUGCUGUGCAAAGAAAUUCCGGAGGUAGUGGGUGGGUUGGCGUCGCCCACUUUCUUCCACCUAAUCAGCGGCUGAUAGAGGUGGGAGAUGUGAACCACAGUUAGGGGGUGGGAGGGAGGAGGAAAAUUUUGAAGGUGAGUAGAGUUGGAGUUAAAUUUGGACUUUCAAAUUACUUGACCUUGACACCUGUGGUUCAAGGUCAAGGUUUGCUGUACUGGAAGGCUGUGGGAGAGCUAACUCACCCCCGUGUCCGUCCUUUCUCUUGCUCUAAGAAGAGCCCAGUCUGUGCUUUCCUAUCUUUUGGGAGUCUCCCCAGGAGACACAGGCGGAGAGGGACAUGUGAGGAGAGUUAUUUGUUUUUUCUGUGCUUUCCUCUUUCCAGAACUCCUCCUCCCAUGAGGCCACUCUUGGCCAUGCCUUGAGCUUUCUCAGAAACACUCAUAAACAAUCUUGAGUCUCUCUCCUGUGGUCCCAGCCCGCCUUUCUUAUUCCACCCUUUCUGGUGUCUGCACCAGUGGAUGAGACCCUGGCAAUUUUUCUGCUCUGUUCUGGCCCUCUGUGGAUCCGUGGGCCUGAGCCUCCGUGGGUCCUCAGCCCUCACAAUUUCCUCGCCACUGACUCUUCUUUGUGAGUGACUGAAACUGUUUUUAAAAUGUGACUCUCCGAAAGGAGAAACCGCUGGCUUUACACUUAAGAAACUUGAGGGCGCUUUAAGUAAGGUGCCACCCCCAGACUUUAAGGUAGCUAACCCCAUUUUUAAAAAAAGAUUCAAUGGCUUGUUCAUUCUCCAGAUGUAGCUAUUGACGUACACUUCGCACCGGAGUGUCUGAAAUUGUGGUGGUCCUGAUUUAUAGGAUUUCUUAAUUAAAAUGUCUGCUGAAUAAAUUUGGUUUUUUUUUGGAA